AAGAAGAAGCUGUUGCCAGAGUAACUGUUGUUAGCUGGAGCAGAUUUGAGCUUGUUGUUUUGAUGUUGUUGGUAUUUUCUGUCUUGAUGAAAAGCUGAUCAGAUACACAGAGACACGCGUGUAAUUCCUGCUCUGAUUUGGGUAUUGGAGGACAGAUGAUGUCAGGAGAUCUUGUUGCUGUCUGGGAAGUGGCUUUGAGCGACGGUGUGCACAGGAUUGAAUUUGAACAUGGCACAACCACAGGAAAACGGGUUAUUUACAUAGAUGGAAAGGAAGUCAUAAGGAGAGAUUGGAUGUUCAAACUGGUUGGAAAGGAGACUUUCCAUGUGGGAGGAACAGACACAAAGGCCACUAUUAACAUUGAUGCAGUGAGUGGCUUUGCAUAUGAGUACACUCUAGAGAUUAACGGACAGAGUCUGAGGAAAUACACGGAGAAUCGCUCUAAAGUUACCAGCACAUGGCUCCUCAACCUGGAUGGCAUCGACUGCAGAGUUGUUCUGGAGAAGGACACCAUGGAUAUAUGGUGCAAUGGACAGAAAAUGGAAACAGCUGGAGAGUUUGUUGAUGAUGGUACAGAAACACACUUCACUCUGGGUGACCACGACUGCUGUAUCAAAGCUGUAAGCAGCGGAAAGAGACGAGACGGCAUCAUUCACACGCUGCUGGUAGAUGGUAUGGAAGUUUCAGAGUCUGCUGAAUGAUCUGUGUGAGGGAGUAUGUGCAGAUUAUCCAUCCUUAUGAGAAGACUGUGUGUACUGUGUGUGUUUGGUUGUAGGAAUUGCAUGUGCAUCAUCUGUGCUAAUUUGUAAACACAAAUCAGUGUUGUGUUGGUUCAGGAGUAAUGGACUGUUUUUAGUCAUUGAAAAAGAGAGAUGUGUCUUACAAACACAUAGUUUAGUUAAUUGCUAUAUACCUUACAUAGCAACAACAAAUAAAAGUGUUUUAACCGUCUAGAUAGUUUAUUAUUACUUUGUGAAUUGACGAUGGAACGAGGCCUGCAGCCAGUUGCAUGAAACCCCUUGAGUUAAGAAAACCCUGUGACAAUAGCCUUACAAUUACACUACCGGUCAAAAGUUUUGAAACACUUACUCAUUCUUUAUUAUAAUUUUUUUUCUUCACAUUUUAGAAUAAUAGUAAAGUCAUCAAAACUAUGGAAUAACAUAAAUGGAACUAUGGGAAUUAUGUUGUGACUAAACAAAAUCAAAACUGUGUUAUAUUUUAGCAUCUUUAAAGUGUUGGGCACUUAUUGGAUGCUUUUCUUUAUUAUUUGGUCCAAGUCAUCAAUUUCAAAAACGUUUUUUUAUUUUUAUUUUUUUAUUACAUUUUAGUUUUAUAAUUAAAUAAAUUAAUAUGGUGGCACAAUGAUAUUUUUGUCUACAAAACUAAUUUCAAACAUUUAAGCAUACACCUUCAGAUCAAAAGAUUUUUAAGAUCAUGAGAAACAUUUCAGUCAAGUGUUUCAAAACUUUUGACCGGUAGUGUAUAUCUAAGGGUUUUCUUAACUUAAGGGGUUUGUUUCAACUGAGUCCUUGUCUUUAUCAUUUGAGAUUCUAAGUGAAACAAAAAGAUGUGACAGGUGAGGAUGUCAGGACCUGGAUAGUCUGGUAAGAUGGACAUGUUAAGUAUUUGGGAGAUUGUUUUGUCAAAUAUCUGAGUUUUUGUGCGGUAGCACAAUCAUGUUCUCAAAAGCAUUUAAUGAUCCAAAUAAGCAUUACAUUUAAACAUGUUUACAAGUUUUAGAAUACUGUGUCUUGAAGAAAUGUAUCUGACCAGCCACUGUCUGAUAAAUUAGGUCAGAGUACAGCAAUAACGUUCUUUAGGAAAUAGAUGUUUUUGUGUCUGUGUGCUUUGAGACACUUUGAUUCAAGACCUUGUGAAAAGCAAGAAUACUUGUUUCUAUCACUCAAACUCCAUUUGUCUUGUGAAUUCAAGGUGUGGUGAUGUGCUAGUCUUUUGUUGUCAUCAGUUUAUUUUCUGAAACAACGAUCUUGUAUGUGAGGUCCAGAGCUGCUUGCAUUGUAUCAUGACACAAUGUUUAGGCUAUUAAAAAUUAACUGAUAUAAAUAAAUAUGUAAUAAAUAUAAAAACUAAUUAUGAAUCAAGCUGUUCCCUAACAGUGUUUGUUUUCCUUAAUGGCAUUUUAAAGUGAAAGGUCAACAUUCACAUAUUUUUCUUUCAUAGAAUAAUUUAUUUGAAUUUAAAUGUGCUUCUUGUGUAAAUUUGUCUAAUUCACUACAUUUGAAUGGUGGCAUUAGUAUUGCAAUAAUUAACAAUUAUAAUCUGAACCUGAUGCAUUUCAUCUUUUUAUAUGUAGAACAACUUUUACAAAUGUUAAAAACAUGUCUUGUUGUUAUGGUAACCAAUAAACAUUUCCCUUGAAUUAAUUUUAAGUGUAAAUAAAUAUUAACUAGUUUAAGGACAAUUUGAUAUAUAUAUAUAUAUAUAUAUAUAUAUAUAUAUAUAUAUAUAUAUAUAUAUAUAUAUAUAUAUAUACACACACACACACACACACACACAGUAGCUCAUAAUGUUGCACCAGUAAAUAUCACCACAAGAAAAGCUUUGGUUAAAUUGUUGCAUUUAUUCUCCUUGUUUCAAAUUGUGUAAAUCACAUACAGUCUAUAAACAGGAAGGCUUUGGUAACUGAAAAAAAUAUUGAGUUUAUUUGUAUUGCUUAGUUGAACUUCAGCAUAUAGUUUGAAACCACAAACCCACCAUCAAACACACUGUAAAAUAGAUGUCUGUAAUUUUAACGGUAAGACUAUGCUAAAA